UUUUUUUUUUACGAUCAUUCAUAUUUAUUGAUACCAAAAUGGCUAUUAGCAGAAGCAACAUGAACAAAAUCAAGGGUCCUUCUAUCGAAAAGAGAAGACGGUUACAGAAAGCCAAGGCAAAGAGUCUUCAUCCCAAGCCUGCCGUUAUCACUGCUAGUAAGAACCUGUCUCGAAAAAAGUUAAAGAAAGUAGAAAAGGCAUUACGUAAUGAAAAGAGAUGGAUGGCUAGUAAAGGACUUAUUGUGAAUGAAGAAGAAAUGACUGAUGUUGUUGAAGUGCCUCCUGAAAAGCGUAGAGUGAUGGUGACCAUUCCUGAAGAAAUCCUUCUUGCUUCUGCAUCUGGAUCUGGAACGACUUUGGGUGGCUACUGAAAUAUAGUUAAUUUUUUAACUAUUGGUCAAUCAUUUAGUUGAUUUUAUUGUUGAUCUCAUUUUAUUUUUAUUUUUAUCAUUAUUAUUAUUGUUAUUAUUUUGUGCAUUCUCUUCUUCCAUCUCAAUUCAUUUUAUUCUUGUACUAUAUACGUUGGCUCCAGUUGAAUUAGACUUGAAAAAACAUCAAAUAAAAUCAUCAUUUUUGAAAAAAAAAA